UGUUGAAGGGUAAUGAUUAUUCAAGCUAUCAUAGAUGCUAAACACAGUCAUUUGACUCUGUGAAAAAAGCUUCAGAAAUUUUUAUGUGCAAGUAACCACCAGUACUGUGUACAAGUGAAGAAGAAUGAGGAAUGGUUCUACUUCACCAGUCUUUCGCUCAGCCAGAGGCCGUCAUCACAAGCGCAAACAACUCUUAGACUCACCUUCUGGGUCAUCUUAUGCUUUUGGAAUAAAGUGUCCCUACAACCAGAAAAUAUAUGAAGUAGAAAGUUCAGAACAUAGUUCUGAUGACAAAAUCACUUCUCAAUUGAAAAAUUUCCAAGCUCCUACUGACAAAGGAGUUCAAAAUUCAAUUUGCACCAGAUGCAUUUCAACAUGCAACAAGAUUACAAUAUUGAAUUCUCUUGAAACCCCUCUGGGAAACAUUGCAUCAGGAUCAAGGAUGGAUCAAACAUUAUUAAAAUCAGAUGUUAAAUCAACUGGAAGAAUCCAUUCUACGCCUCAGAGAAGAAAAAAGCAAAAACGUUCUUUUACACCAAAUGUUGAUAAAUUUCCUGCUACCAAAAGAAGUGCAUGCAACAAAAAUCCUUCAUUGUGCUCUGCUUUAGAUGACUCUUUGAUGUUGUCUGAUAUUGACCAUAUCAUGGGACCUUUAGAGCAAAAUAUCUCUAGUGGCAUUAGUAAUGAAGAAAACAUUAUAAACCCUAAUUCAUUUAAAAUAUCACUUGAUGAAAGAUCAGAAUCAAUAAAAUGUGUGGAUGGACAAAAAUGCUCUGAAAGUAAAUUGGCUGCACCUUUCAUCAACAUGUCAACUGGCAUUGAGGAAAAUACUCUUAUGAUUAAUGAAACUUACACGUCUCCUGAUCGAUUUCAAAUUAAAGUUAGGAGAAAACCUUUUGUGCCAAGUAAUAAUUGUUCAGAUAGUAAUGUUAAAAACCCAAUGAGAUUAUCAGAUCAAUUUACCAAUGCUACAAGUGGAAUAAGUGUUAAAAAUGAAAAUGUAAUCAUCUCUACUCUAAAAAAGGAUGUAUAUAUUGAAAAAUCUUCUGAAGUGCUACGAAAACCAGGAACUGAAUGUGCUGAAUUGAAUUUGAGUAAUGAUCAGUGCCAUUUAACACCAGAGGAAUAUAUGUCUGCUCUUUUACAAGACCCAGAUUUGAUCCAAGCAUUUGACGAAUCUUUUAACUUAGAUGAUGAAAUUAAAUCAGAAAAACUAUACCAAAAAAGUGAUAGAAGUUUUUCCCCUGACAUAUUUGCUGAAGCUGAUUGGGACGAAAUUGAUGAGAAACUUAUUGUUGAGAAUCUUGUGACAGAGAAGAGUGAUCUGAAAGUGCCAUCAUUAAAUACUGCAGGAAAAAAUAGUAAUCUAAGCGCUAGAGAGACCAUGAGUGGUCUGCCAACUGUAAAGAGGGAAGUGUUGGCAAGUAAUCCUGAACCUUGUAGCACAAAACUGAUCAAUAACAAUGAUGUUCAAUACAAUAUAAAAGGAAAUGAAGGAACUAACAUUGAGAAAAACAUUAUUUAUAAUUGUGGUUUGCCUCCAAGCAAGACUACUUCACACAUAGGAGAAGACAAGUCUUCAUCAGGGAAAGGAAUUGCUCAACAGCAAAGAACUUGCUACAAAAGGCAACAUGAAACGUCAAUUUGUUCACCUCCUGCACAAACAAACAAUAAAAAUUCUUCUCCCAAGGGGAACAAUUGCUCACUUGUCAAGUCACCAGAUGGAGGCAAUUUAUCUAUGGCCAGUACCAUUGGCAGUGACAGCAGCACUCUGGAAUCUCAGAAUCUACUACAGAGAAUGCAUGGUGCAGUUUGCACGAGCACCCAAAGAACUGCAGGUAGUGGGUGCAACACUCAGCUCUCAACCACCUUGAACACCAGCACCGUGCUGCGCACAAGUGCUGUGUCUGCUGCAGUCCUGCAGGCAAAGGAGGCAGCUGUUGCUGGAGCUGCCGUUGGUCACGAGCUCGGCCCUUUCUUUGGGCUCCCAUCUACUGUGCUGGAACUUUUACACAAGCACAGGGGCAUCAAUGGGCUCUAUGAUUGGCAGUCUGAGUGCAUCAAUAAGGGCCUGCGUGGCAAUAAUUUGCUCGUCUCCCUGCCAACGAGUGGAGGCAAGACUUUGGUUGCUGAAAUGCUCAUGUUGCGGGCGCUGCUUGUCCGCAAAAAACAUGCCAUCUUCCUGCUGCCUUAUGUUGCUAUUGUGCAGGAAAAGGUUCGAGGUUUAGCUCCUCUGGCAGUUGCCCUUGAUUUCCUCCUGGAGGAAUAUGCUGGCAGCAGAGGCAGCUUCCCUCCGAAGAAAAGGACCCGCAAGAGCGUAGCCUUCAUCGCGACGACGGAGAAAGCGAACGGCCUGAUCAACAGCUUCCUUGAAGAAGGGCGCACUGGGGAGGUGGGGCUGCUGGUGGUGGACGAGGCACACAUGUUGGGGGAGGCUGGUGGUCGUGGGGCGCUCCUUGAGAGCAUCAUCACCAAGAUCAGGCACUGCGCUGACCACAUCCAGAUCGUGGCCAUGAGCGCGACGCUGAGCAACCUUGAUCAGCUCGGCCAGUUCCUGGGAGCUGAGCUCUACACCGGCAACUUCAGGCCUGUCAAACUCAGGCAGUUUGUUAAGCUAAACGACACGAUAUCUGAGAUCAACCCUGCUGCUCUCACUGAUGAAGAACUUCUCUUCAACCACAGAACUGUUGACUAUGGAUACAGUUCAUCGGAGCGGGCGCGUGACCAGGACUGCAUCGCAGGCCUGGUGCGAGAAGUGAUCCCUGACCACGCUGUGCUCGUCUUCUGCCCCACGCGACGCAACUGCGAGAGCCUUGCUAAACUCCUCUGUACCCUCCUGCCUCACGCCCUUACCAAGCUCAACAGGAGUGCCAAAGAAGGACUGUUCCUGGCCGUAGCUAAGGAGGGAGGAGGCAGCGUGUGUCCGGUGCUGCGGCAGACGUUGCCUUAUGGCGUCGCUUACCACCACUCCGGUCUGACAGAGGGAGAGCGUAAGCUGGUGGAGGAAGGCUACCUCUCAGGCACGCUGUGCGUCAUCACGUGCACCUCAACGCUCGCUGCCGGGGUCAACCUGCCAGCACGGCGGGUUAUCCUGAGGUCGCCGUACACUGGACGCGAGAGGUUGACGCGCAGUCGCUACAUGCAGAUGGUGGGGCGGGCCGGCCGCGCGGGGCUCGACAGCGAGGGCGAGAGUUUCCUCGUCAUACAGCAGAAGGACGUGGCCAUGAUCCCAGACCUGGUGCGCGGUCCAGUCGAGACGUGCUUCUCCCGCCUCUGCGACGCUGCCGACGCCUGCACUACGCCCUACAGUCACGCCACGGCAUGCCCUCCUAAAGUCCUCAGCAACAUCCUUCAGUCUGUUGCCAAGAGGUCUGGCCAUGACAAGAACAUUCGGGCUGUCAAGGCUGAUAACGCUGUCAAGGCUGAUAAUGCGGCCAAAGCUGAGAAUGCAGUCAAGGCUGAUAACGCUGUCAAGGCUGACGAUGUCGUCAUGUCGGACGAUGCUGUAAGGAAAUCAUCUUCUGGAGCUGUGAGCAAAUAUGUUAACAGUUCUGGAAAAUCCAGCCAAAACAUCAGCCAAACGUCAACGGUUGGUGAGCGAAGUUCCUCGUGCUGUGUGACGACAGCGGCGGCAGACAGAACGGUGAACAUGACAGGCUGUAGUGGGAGCAGCAGCGUGGAAGUUAACCUGACGUCAUGCUGUGGACUGCGAGACCUGGUCUUCUCUUCCAUUGGUCUGGGACUGGUGAAGAACUUGGCUGAGGUCCUGAGUCUGGUGCAGUGCUCGCUCAUGGCUCUCCAGGCUGACCAGCGUCACGUCAAUCUCCGCGCAAUGGUGCUAGACGUGCUAGAAAAACUUCGCGCCUUCGGGAUGUUGCGCAUCAAAGACUCAAGCGUCGCCUCCCCCGUCUCAUGUGGGGCCGUUAGCUCAGCGGCGCUGCAUGCUGACGAUGGGUCUCAGGAACUGCACAUGAGUUCAUCCAGCGGCUGCUCUCGCUAUUCAGCACAAAUGGAGUGCUGUCUUGAAGAUCUCAGCGAUCCCAACUCGCGCGUCCGAACGCCGUUGCUGCCUCACCAUACGCUUGCGGUUAGCCGCCUUGGCAGAGCUGCUAUCAAAGGUUGCGUUGAACUAAGCAUAGCUAGCCGUCUGUACGAAGACCUGAUGCUGGCGCGGGACAGUUUAGCUGUGCACAGUCGCCUGCACCUGCUGUACCUGGUGACGCCCUACGGUGCAGCUAACGACCUGCCGUUGGUACCUCAGGCUUUCUAUAAAGCUUUCUGCAGCCUCAAGCGCGACGAGAUCAAAACUGCUGAACUCAUCGGUGUCAGCGAAGCUAUAGCCUCUAAGGUCGCCAUGGGCAUGACUGCAGCGCUUAAGAGUUUUGUCGUCAAAAGGUUUAAUGCCGCUAUUAUUCUUCAUUGUCUGCUGUCCGGAGAAGAUGUGUGGAAAGUUUCCGAUAUGUUUGAGGUGCCAAGAGGACUUUUGCAGCGCACUCUUUCUGCUGCUUCUGCGUUUGCUUCAUGCGUCCAUCAUUUCUGCCAGGGUCGGGCGCGCCUGCUGUACGCUGCAGGCUACACUAACUUGCACAGCGUCGCUAACGCCGAGCCUGAGGCCAUCGUGAGGGCGGUACACCACUUGCCCCUUGCUACCGCCGCACACAUAGUUCUUAGUGCCAAGGUAAGCACGGAACUAGUGGUUCUUAGUGCCAAGGGUCGGGCGCGCCUGCUGUACGCUGCGGGCUACACUAACCUGCACAGCGUCGCUAACGCCGAGCCUGAGGCCAUCGUGAGGGCGGUACACCACUUGCCCCUUGCUACCGCCGCGCACAUCGUACUUAGUGCCAAGGCGGUGCUGCUGGAGAAGGCCGAGGCGCUGCAGGAGGAGGCCGAGCAAGUUCUCUUGGGUCUCACCGAUUUCUCCCACCCCGGUAGUUCUUCUUCUUCUGUGUUUUAAUGGAAGAUUUUUCGCUCUUUGAUAUUUUCUUGUUAGGCAACGAAAAAAACUUAUUUGUACUUUCAUGCUUUCAUGAGUGUUUUUUGGUUCGAUUCGUCUGGCUGCCAUUUUUCAAGUCGUACAUAAAAAAUUCGGCUCGAAUUGGUCGCUGGCCAUAGUAACCUAAACGCUUAGGUUUGAAUGUCAACUUUUGAUUGGUCGAUGUAUAAGCGAAGAACGCUUGGAUUGGCCAUUUGUCUUCUUUGCAAGAAUACAGAUAUUUUAUUUUACUUUUUUUUUUGCACGUUCAAGCAAUGCAAUUCAAGUGCAGGAAAUGAAUUGCGAUUUAGAGUUUGGAAUUUGUAUGACAAGGAGUGUGAAUCGCAAGUGAUCCAUUUCAUUUUUUUAUUGCGAUGCCGGUAGCAUUUUAUCAUAAUGUUGCUCUGACUGCACUAUACAGCUCAUCUAAUCGGAGUAACAGUGGCAGGAAAUUGUGAAGCUCCUGAUAAAUGUGAUAUGUUUCGUAGGAAAUAUUAAUCUGAGCUGAAAGUUACUACUAGGCAUUUUGUAAUGUUUAUUGGAAAAGUCAAAAAAUUAUUUUCGCAAGUUAUUGGUAAAUUAAAAAAGUGGCUUAACAUGCAAUUCUAUAACUGCGACUGCUUUGCAUCCUUUUCUUGAGUUUGCUGAAAAUAAUUCAUAUGCAAUCUAUCCGGCCAUCGGCACGUUGGACUCAGUACAUCAAAGCGAAAUUUGUUUGCAUUUGGGGAAUUUAGAAUAAAGGUUCACCGAAAUUUAGAAAUGGUUUACCGAAAAGGUGACCUUUACCCCAAUUUCGAGAGUUGGCACUUGAAUGGACAUGGAUGAGGAAUAUGGAUAAAUGUUUUAUAUUACAGACUAGUUUUCCUUAGGCUAGUGGAAAGUAAACUUUGAUUUCGAACGCUGUUUGUCUGCUCCGCACUUCUGCAGCUGUGAUUCCAUGUUUUUCCUUCAGAUCUUGUAGUACCCUUGCGAGAAUAGGGUAAAAAGUACUAUUCUUAUUCCAAACGCGUUAUUUUAUUGAGCAAAAAAGUAGUGAUCAACGAGGUUACAGGACCUAUAAAAUAGGUAUUUUUUGGAAGUAAGAUUUUUAUACUUCCGUCAUGAUGUGUUCUGUCAAGUUUAUAUCGUGGAUAUAAUCACCGAAUUAUCAUUCCAAAUCUCUAUUCUAACUUCUAAUCUCAUGUUGUGUUACAAUAGGACAUUAAACGUUUGCUGACUGUGAUAUCAGAUUAAGGUACGUAUUUUUACACUCGAUAAAUCUGGACAUCAGUGGUAGAAGAAGUGUCUUGGAUUUACGUAUCAUUGAUUUUGUAUCUGUUUCUCUGUGGUCUGUGUUUACAUUUAUCUUAAUGAAGUCUUCAUCUCUGUUGGCAUUUGUGUAUGUGUAUUCAUCUUGUAUAUAAAUGUGUUCUCUGUAUUUGUGUUGAUUGUAACUGUGUUCGUUGUAUAUUCCACAGGAAACUCUUAUUAAACUCUCAUGAACUGAU